UUCUCCACCCGUUUCUUCAGUCAAACUUUGUUUCACGCUCUUAGUUCCUGGAUAGUCCAAGAGGUAUCACUGGGGCUUGCACGGCAUAUUUACUGGAAGUUGGAUGUGUUUUCUGAAUUGAAUUAUUUUCAUUCCCUGAAUUUUUUUUAUCAACUUAUAGAAUGUCGUUAUGUAGUAGUUAUUCCCCAAAUUACUUUUCGCUGAUUGAUAUAUUGGCCACUCAGGAACGUGUGUCAUGUCAAACCAGAAUUAUUUUACCCGGGCUUGGCUUUCUUGACGUGUCCUCGGAAUCUCCUGACUUGCAGCCAGGAACUAAAUUGGACCUUCCUCACUGGCUAGCUUUUCCAUUGAAUGCUCCAGAACGCAGGAUAGUGAAUAUCACUGUGCCAAAAAUUUACAAAGAAUCUUACAAAGAAAUUAUUAAUGCUGAUGCUAGUGCUAUUGACCUGAACAAAUGGUGCACAUAUUAUUAUGAAUUUGGAAUUCACUUGUCUGGAUAUAAUCAUCGAGACUGUGAGAAAAUUCAGGAUCUUUUACUUCAGACAUUCAAGUCACGGUUCAGGCUGGUGAUGGACUGGGCUCAGAACACAGGUACAGAUCCAACUGUGGGUUCCCAGCUUCCCGUGCUAGAGAAAAGUAUCUUCACAGCUGGAAGGAAAUCACGAUGUAUAUUAAUAUCCUGGCUGAAAGAAGGGGGAGGAAAUAUUGAGACCUCGGAUAUGGUGGUAAAUCAUAAAAAGCGAAAAAGAACAGAAUUUGAAACCAAUAACACAUGAUUGUUCGUAGGUUAGUAUUUGUAAUUACUUUGUUUCGUGCCUGAUUUUUUGAUUCGUUGGUAUUGUUCCUCAGCUAUUGUUAGUAAGCUGAAGACAAAGAGUAACAUAUAAAUGCAGGUAGAGUACAGAAAUUCGAGAAUUUCAUAGAACAGCUAAUAGCUGUAUCAUAUUUAUGUCACAACCCACGAUUACAUAACUUUAAAAAAAAUUUGAAAGUAUGAAAUUAAGAUAUUUUUUAAAUAGGCAAAUAACAAUACUUUGAUUUCCUAUUUUUUUAUGUCAAUUCAAUCGUAUUCCAGGUCACAUAUAUUUUUUGAAAAACUUUGUUUACGUGAAAAAAAUUACAUAAAAAUUAAAUAGAAGAAAUUGAAAAUAAUUUAACAGAAUCAUUUUCAUGGCUAACAAAUGGUAUAGUUACUUCAAGCGCCAUAACAUUUAAAUCGAAAAAAAAUUAACAAUAUAUUUUUUAAACAUACGUCUCAUUAUUGCUCUGUGUCCGGCCUAGUUUCUGUGAUAAUACGAGCUAUUUUUACUAUAUUUUCAUCGGACGUGAAUAAUAAAAAUAACAAAAAUAUUGGUAUUAUUAAUAACAACAAUAAUAAUAAUGAUAAUAAUAAUGAUAAUGAUAUUAAUAGUGGUGAUAAUAAUAACGAUAUAGUUUAAAUAUUUCAGAAUUAUUGUAACUUGCAUCUCCCUGUAAACAUAACACACCUCUAAUCACGGUGUUACUAAAACAAAUUGCAUUGCAAUGGCUCACUUGAAUGAAGAAAAGAUUGAAAACAAGAGGAAAAAAAACGCAUCAUCUAACCAACUCGUCGAUACGUAUUUUUUCAUCUCAUGUUUUGCUCUAUUCUCUUUGUCACGAUUAUCUUUUAUAUGUAUAAUAUGUAUACUAUAAACGAGGUAUAUUUACAAAAAUAAUCUUAUUUUCUCUUGGAACGUAAUAUACUUUCCUAAAUAAACAAUUUGAUUAUAUAAAAUAUAUUAUUAUAUUUAACUUUGUCAUUCAACUUAUGUAUACUUGAAUAUACAUAUCAAUUAUGUAUUUAUUUUACCAAAGUUUAGACGGUGGCACAAGAUUUUUUAGGUAGCAAAUAAUCAACUCGUGUCUCGACGAAGCAGAGUGAAAAAAUUAAAUAUAAAAAUAAAAAUAACAAAUAUAUAUAUGUAGAAAAAAAAACGGAAAAAAAUAAAUGAAAUAAAUGAAAUAA